GUGUUUCUAAUCAAAUCGAAAGUGAUAUCGCCCUAACAGACUGCAAGCGCUAAAGGAUACGGUGCAGCGCUAAAAAAAAAAAGUCUAGCGCUGUUACUGAUACGAAAACCUAACACUGAGCGAGAUGAGUCGAAUGCGCGAAGAAGUAGAGUUGGAAAAAAGUGUCAGGCGACUGAGGGAGAAGUUUCAUGGACUUGUUGAAAUUGACAAGGCUGUUCUACUCAUGCGACGCUAUGGAAACAACCAUCGUAUGGUUGCAAUGUGUGUCGCCCUAAUGGCAGAUAGUGACAGGGAGCUGGACGAGGAAGACAAGACAGCUUUGAAUAAUGACCCUGUAGCUAAGAAUGUGAUUAUGAAACUCAAAGCUGAUGAAAAACAACAGGAAGAAAAACCUGCCAAGUCAUCUGGAUCCACUGGUGCAAGACCAUCAGCAAAAGCUCUGGGAAAAGAAAAGGAAAAAGCAAAUGAUGAUAAGGAUAUAGCGGAGCUUGGGGCGCGUCUACGGGUUCUGCCAUUAACAGUGGACAACAAACGAAUGUUUGACCAGGCGCAGGCAAACCAGAUCCCUUCUGUCAUACAUCAGUUUGCCUGCGAGUCAUGUGACAGGGACUGGUGGCGACGGGUGCCUCAGAGGAAAAGGGUGUCGCGCUGUCAUCGAUGCAAAAAGAAGUAUGACCCUGUGCCAGCCGACAAAAUGUGGGGUAUAGCAGAGUUUAACUGUCCAAACUGCUCUCGGACCUUCAAGGGUUUUGGUCGGAUGGAUGGACGUUCCCCUUGUUACGGCUGUCGCUCAGCUAUUUUCCCAUCAAAGAUUCUACCACCAAGGAGGAGGGGCAUGAUUCCUGGGCCUAGACAAAGAAAUCAACACAGCUGCCUUGCUGAGGACUGUUAUAAUCGAAUGGAGCCCCAUGUUCCUGGUACCGAAUGCGUUCACCCGCACAGCAGACAGAAGAACAGGAAGCCGCGUGUGGUGUACCCCAGCUCCACGCACAUCAGCAGCGGAUCCACUGUCAACACCUGUCUGAGUCAGGGCAGUCUGAUAGAAAGCAUCAAUCAGCUCAUUCUAGAUGACAUUGAAGAAGAGUCUGAAGAAGACUCUGACAGCAGCAGCAGCAGCAGCUGAGGCAACAGCAGAGAUCAGUGUAAAGGACUGACGUCGCUUCAGUCGUUGCUUUGAAUGAAACAUGCGCAGUCUCUUAAUACAAUUCAGUGUGAUUCACUCAAAGUAACAAAUGUGCAAAGGUGUAAGCAGCCUGAAUGUUGACAUAUGUCACUCACUGUAGGCUGUAUGAACACACACCAAACAAUGAAUUUAAAAGAAACAAAAAAAAAAGGAAUGUUUGACGAUGGACAGUUGAAUUAUGGAUCAGUUAAUGAACAGUGAAGCAGUGUGUGAAAGAGUGAGAAUUCGGUUCUCAGCCAUAUAGAUGAUGAGCUGAAAUUACAUGAAACUGUAAUAUAGUCAACAAACCUGGAAAUACCUGGAAAAACAGAUGGAAUGUCUGUCAGCCAAUCAGAAUCAAGCUUUCAACAGCACUGAUAUAAUGUUAACUUCAUAGCUGAUUUGAACAGAUUUCUCAUUCACUAAAACAACUUCCACUUCUUAAAGGGUUAGUUCACCCAAACAUGAAAUUUCUGUCAUUAAUUACUCACCCUCAUGUCGUUCCAAACCCGUAACAUCUUCAGAACACAAAUUAAGAUAUUUCUGAUGAAAUGUGAGGGUAUCUGAUCCACACAUACACAUACACACAAUGAUACUGCACCUUUUUCAGGUCCAAAAAGGUAGUGAAGACAUCGUUAAAAUAGUCAACGUGACUACAGUGGCUCAACUUUAAUGUUAUGAAGCGACGAAAAUACUUUUUGUGCCCAAAAACACAACAAAAAUAAUGACUGUCCCAUGUCAUACUGCUAUGCUAUUUUCCUUGCAGAAUGCAGAGCUUUCGUGUUCACGUCUGAACGCGGGCUCAGUAUGAAACUGUAUAAUACUGAGCCGCCCCUCGGACAUAAACAUUGAAGCUCUGCAACGAAAAUAGCGUAGCAGUAUGACAGGAGACAGACGAAUUUGUUGAAUAAAGUCAUUUUUGUUUUGUUUUUGGGAACAAAAAGUAUUUUCGGUUGAAUCACUGUAGUCACGUUGACUGUUUUAUCGAUGUCUUUAGAAUUUCUGGUCCUCAAAAAGGUGCAAUGACGUUCCUGCCUAUGUGUGGAUCAGAUACCCUCAGAUUUCAUCAAAAACAUCUUAAUUUGUGUUCUGAAGAUGAACGAAGGUCUCCCGGGUGUGGAACGACAUGAGGGUGAGUAAUAAAUGACUGAAAUGUCAUUUUGGGUGAACUAACCCUUUAAUCUUUGAAUUCCACCAUACUGUUGGUUAGUAACUUUAUUUGCAUAUGAUCAGUUUGUUCUGCCAUUGUUAGGAUCAUAUCAAAGGAUUCAUAAGCCACACUUGAGAAUAAUCAUCAAAUUAUAUGAUAUGACACCAAAGAACAGCGUAUUUCAAAUAUUCAGUUUGAUUUGUCAAUUUAUUUCACAUGCCUAAAUCUUUGUUUUACCUAUAGGUUUACAUUUCUCUCGAAACCUGUUUUGUCUGAAAUUCCACUAACAAAAGACAGGCACUCAAGAAAAAAGCAGUCCACUCCUGAUUAAUAUAACAGGUUUGCUGCUAUGUCAGCCUUUUGUAACAUGCUGUUAUACAUAAACGUUGCAUGGUGAACUCAAUAUCAGGGACAUGUGCAGGGAAAAAGACAAACAUUGAGUUAAACCUACUAUUAAUUUUAUCUGGAAUAAAUGUGGAUUUUAUGAGAAGA